AUGUUGCAAUGUUUUGGUUGCCUCUGUAACGGAGUUGAAAAAUCCGUUUAACAAUAUAAUGUAUAUAUAAUGAGUUUCGCCAUAAUUCAGUUGUAAAUAAUGUUGGUGUUUUGGAGCCACCUCUGGAGCUGUGGUGUACUGCAGGUCUGCAGUUUAUAUGUGUGUACUGUUGCCGUUACUAGACAGAAAAAGUUUGCCUGUCAACGGUAGGUCCACUGUACAAAAUGACCCUGAUGAUUUAUAAACUUACAGAUUGAUGAAUGCAAUAAAUGUCGACAACUUUGACAUAUUACAUGUAGUUUAUUUGAUUAGUAUAUAUGUUGUUGUUUGUAAAGAAGUUUUACCAAUGGGCAGAGAGUUUUAUCAUAUUUGUAUACCACGAGGUUCAUCAUGAUACAUACUGAUUAGCUAGCUAGUUCGCUGGGAAUUUCCCAUUAUCCACGUUCCGUAAGCUAGCUAACUACUGCCGUACUGAAUGUAUUUUGUCAUUUGAUUUUAUUGGUGCAGAUGCUGUGUACCAACUGUGAUGUUUGUGCAUGAACAGGCAACUCCAUUUUUCAUUAGCCUGGUGCUGCUUGAACUGCUGGUGGGCUGGCUGAGGACUGGAGGUCUGAUCUUCAGCCUUAAUGAUGAAGUCACGUCCGUCUCGGCUGGCAUGGUGUCACGUCUGCCACAACUUUUUGUCCGAGGGUUGGAGCUCUCCUCUUAUGUCUACUUCUGGGAUAACUACCGCAUAGUUGAGCUCCCCUGGGACUCGGCCUGGACAUGGUGGCUGGCCUUCUUUGGCGUUGACUUCUGUUACUAUUGGGUUCAUCGCUGUGCUCAUGAACUCAACAUCCUCUGGGCGGCACACCAAGUCCACCACAGCUCGGAGUACUAUAACCUCUCCACUGCCUUGAGGCAGUCAGUCACACAGCAGUGUGCAUCAUGGGUUUUUUAUCUUCCCAUGGCGUUGGCCAUUCCCCCAUCUGUGUUUGCUGUUCAUGUACAGUUCAACCUCCUCUACCAGUUCUGGAUCCACACAGAGUUGGUGCGAGAUCUUGGCAUCCUUGAGUUGGUAUUAAACACCCCCAGUCACCACCGAGUACAUCAUGGACGAAAUCCUUAUUGUAUUGACAAAAAUUAUGGUGGAGUCCUUAUCAUUUGGGACAGAAUAUUUGGAACAUUUGCUCAAGAGAAUGAUCCGGUCGUCUAUGGACUUGUCCAUCCUGUACGUUCAUUUGAUAUCCUGUUAGUCCAAUUUCACUACUAUCGGUACCUAUGGCGGAGAUUCUGGAGAGCUCAAGGCAUCAAAUAUAAACUUUCUGUCAUAUUCAAUGGACCAAGUUGGAAACCCGGACUGCCAAGAUUGGGAAAUCAUCUUGAGGUGCCCAAGGUUACUGUGGCCUCUGUGGGUAAGAAGGGAGCGCUGUACAACCCCGAGUGGCCACUUCCUCUGAAACUAUACGUGUUCAUACACUUUCUGCUGGUUCUCAAGGCCUUCGAUGAUGUGCUUGCAGCGAAGAUGAUACUGAAUCAGUGGACAGUGAUUUUGAUGACUGGGUACAUUUUGUUCACUCUGACAUCACUCGGAUACAUCAUAGACCAAAGGUCCAAUUCAUACCAAAUUGAGACUCUGCGCUGUGCAGUACUUAUGAUAUUGCAAAUGCAGGGAUUCACAAAGCCAGUUGCAGCAACUUUAAAUGUCUUCAUUGAGGUCUUCAUCUCCCUAUCCUUGCUGUACUGGGUCAUGCAGUUUAUAACUCAGCUGAUGGGUGGAAAGAGGAAACAAAACUGAGAGAAUAACAUGCUUGGGAAAAAACAAUGAAGAAAUAGGACUGGGCUGAAACAUUGUCUUCACUCUAUUACUUUCACUGGGUCCACCCCUAUCCAUAUCCAUAUCCAGCACAUGUACUGUUAUAGCUCUUUUUCUGGCAUAACUAUUUUUCUUUUUUUCACUGACGACAGAUAGCUCCUGUUCCUGUUCAUUUAUGUUCACAGUCACGCUUUGUGCAGAUAAACAAUAAAGAUUUUGAUUGAAUGGUA